GUUACCCUUCAGCCUGUCCUCGUCACGCAUCUCGCGGGAAACGGCACUACAAAGUCUCGCCUCGUGCAGGUGGAACCAUCUGCUGAACUCACCAAAGAAGUUAAAGCACAUUUCAGUGGCGCUAGAGUGAAGAAGGAUCUAUGGACGGACAAUCCACUUAAUCCUUUUGGAAUAAUGUCGUUUCUACCAACCCUGAAGCGCAUGGUGUAUAGGUCAAUGUCAGAUAUCCUUGACGACAAGAAACUUCUGCAACAACUAGAAGCGGAAAAAUUCGAUGUCGUUAUUACUGAACUUUUCGACUUCAUUGGUUUAGGUAGGUUAUGUCAUCAUACACAUCCAGAUACGGAAUAUGCAUAA